UCGUAUGCCAGAAAAAGCUGUUCCUUCUUGACCUUUCAGUUGCAUGCACGCCACAUAUUUCACUUACGUAAGGCUGUGUUUUCAUUCUUGAGUAGAGAUACAGCUACAAAGAUGUCCUUUUACAAAAACUCAGAGGGCGCCCAAAUUGGAAUCACUGCUGCUUUCUGCUUCUUGGUAAUUGUGGACCUCAUCGGCAAUACCUUGGUUUGCCUGGUAGUUUACCGUAACCGAAUAAUGCGCACCCCAAUGAACUAUCUUUUGGUCCACCUUGCGGCUUCGGAUAUAACUGUAGCGAUUUUCAUCGCGGCGCGCUUUAUCUUCCCCCUGCUGUUGGAGCAUCCGAAGGGAAGAGCCGGUGACGUGGUUUGCCAAUUGUUCACAGGGGGAGCAUUCAUAUGGGUCGGAGCCCUCGUCUCCGCUUUCUCCCUCGUCUUCAUAGCGCUGGAGCGCUAUCUCGCCAUUAAAUUCCCCUACGACGUGCGUAAGCGGGUAACGACCGCCAAAUUAAAAUGUGUUGUUGUAUUCAGCUGGGCGUUCGCCGCAUUAUGGAACUUACCCCUUUUCCUGUAUGCACGUUACGACCCUGUUAGCGAGUCCUGCCGGUUCAAAUGGCCCACAGCGACUAUCACGCAAGUUCACAGCCCACUAAGCGCCGUAAUGUACGGCGUCCUACCGAUUUCCAUCAUGAGUUACUUGUAUUCUAAGCUGGUUUACAAGCUGUGGUUUCGUCCUUUGGUUACCUCGACCAUGGUCCAACAGAGCAAGCUACGUUACACCAGAAAGUCUGCUCGGAUAGUGGUCACCGUAAGCGUGGUUUACUCGAUCUGUUGGAUACCCAACCUGGUAGUGUACGUCAUCUCUUCAUUCAGCACACAGCAACUGUACUCCGCCGUACACAUGACAAGCAUCGUCUUGGUCACUCUUAAUUCAGCUAUCAAUCCUGUGUUAUACAGCUGGCAGAGUGACCGUUUCAGGAGGCAUAUGCUGGCGCUGCUACCGUUUGGUUGCUCCAGCAGGCCGUGUCGAGUACCCCCCGCGGUUAUACCGGAAGGGAAUGCUUCGACUAAGGCCUCACGUCCUAUACAGAUUAUUCCGCUUGUAGGUAGGGGCCCUGUCGCUUGAACAUUAUAACACAGUAAGACCCAUGGGGGCUGUACACCCAUUGAACGCUUGCCACUGUUCCUUAACCUUGUAGAAUGACUAGGAGACUAAUUCUGUCUACAGUAUCUCUCUAAAGUCAAUUUUCGGGUCGUGAGAAGAAAGAUGAUCGCCAUUUAAUGAGGAUCUUGAUUGUUAAACAAAUUCUCUUUGUCAGCAUCUUAGGAAAUUCAGAGAGCAGUAUAGA